ACUUGACAGGAGCAUGUGUGCCUCUCAUCUAAUCGGCAUGGUCCUUCCUGCCGACCCCUAGCCAACCCGAGGAAAUGACAACGCUUCCUGCGAAAUCCCGACUUCCAUAAAGAAGUCAUACAGCCAGAACCAGAACCCAUCAUGAACUCCCCCACCGAAACCGCGACCAUGCGCUUGCGAUCACGCCCGACCUCCCAGCACGGCGCACAAGCUGCGCUCGCUGCUCGUCCAGCUCAGAAGAAGAUCUUCAACUGCAUCGUUGACGACACGGCACUUGUGGCAGGAGUCAAGAAGAGCACGCGCAACGGCAUUCGACAAUGGGUGAAGAACGGACAGAUUCGUCUUUUCGUGCCGCUACACGCGCUGGAAGAGCUCAGUCGCCAAAGGAGCGCAAAGGGUAGACAUGCCGAGGACGUGCGCGAGACGCUGCAGUGGUUGGAUGAUGCCACCAGCAAGCACCCGGAUAUUGUCACUCUGCAGGGCGCCGACGAAACGUACGAGAAAUGGGCCGAGGUCGAGAAAUUCGCAGUGCCGCGUACACUUUUCUCAGAAUACGAUCACGAGCAUGAAGAGGACUUGGACGACUCGACCGACUUGGC